AUGCUCAAGAACAUCGUGACCUUUAUCUUUCACUGCGAUACUUUUCAACGCUGCAAGGUGGAGCAGAGAGCUCCUGCAGGUUUGAGGAGACGUCGGGUCAUCGCUGAACCCUGGACGACCAUCGCCGCAGACAUCAUGGGUCCGAUUACCCCAAGUAAAUCUGGGUCGAAGUGGGGAACACCUCGCUUGUUUUACGCCGACAAUAGCCUAGAGUUCCUGAACAAGGAGAUAAAGGCACUAGCGCAAGAAACAGGAAUGACUCUGCAGAAUACUCCACCAUAUCAUCCGCCGGGUAACCCAGUGGAAAUGGUCAACAGAGUGCUGAAGAUGACGCUGAGAGCCUUCGCGGAUGAUGAUCAGAGCGAGUGGGACCGUCAUCUCCACGAGUUUCGCUUCGCCUACAACACCGCCGUUCACAGCUCCCGAAAAGCCUCUCCAGCCUUUGCAAACUUUGGGAGAGAACCUGAAAUUUCUGCAUCGCUGAGACGAGAGCUAAAGAGGGAAGUAGCGUCCAUCCCAUGUGACCCCCAGGAAUGGGUAGAGCGCAUGAAGAGAUUGGAGACGCUACGAAAUGUCUUCAAACAUGCACUGAGGGUAGCCCAAGACAAGCAGGCCCACUACUGUAACCUACGACACCGAAGUAGAGACUUCGAAAUUGGGGAGUUAGUGUUCCGAAGGACGCACACUCUGUCCAACGCAGCCAAGAGGUUUUCAGCAGCUCUCGCAAGGCCAUUCGAUGGUCCCUAUGUGAUCGAUAAGAAAUUAUCGAGCACGCAAUAUGAACUAGUAGACCUGGCUGGUCGGAAAAGGGCAGUCUCGUCGAUCCAAGACUUGACACCCUAUACUCCUCCUCUGAAGAAAGGGGAUAGGAAGAAGAAGAGCGGAACCGGCAAGGAGAAAAAGAAGAAGGGAGGAGAUGAAGACAAGAAGAAGGACACCGGGGAAGCAGAAGUGACGACCCAGUUAGCCUUGCUGGGAGAACCCAAACUAAUCUUUGAGCAGCCACCGAUUCAAACCUCCAGGAAGACCCUGAGCCCCCAGUAG